AUGGGCGCCGGGCCGCGUCUGUCCCUGGUGCUGCUGCUCGCGCUACUCUCGGUGCUGCUGAGCCUGGGGCUGUCCCCAUGGCCUGUGGCCGUGGCCCUGGCCCUGCGCUGGCUCCUCGGGGACCCCGUGUGCUGCGCGCUGAUCGGCCUGGCUGUGCUGGCGCGGCCGUGGCUCGUCCCCUGGAUGCCCCACUGGCUGAAUCUAGUGGCCGGGGCCCUCAUGCUGGCUCUGCUGCCCGCGCGGCCACCUGCGGGGCUGCGCUGGCUGCUCGUAGACCUGUCCUUCAUCGUCGGGAUCCUCCGCAUAGGCCUGGGCAUCAGGUCGCGCUUGAGCCGCAAGCCACCCGACACCUUUGUGGACGCCUUUGAGCGGCGGGCGCGGGCGCAGCCGAGCCACGCGCCCUUGGUGUGGACGGGACCCGGAGGCCGCUCAGUCACCUACCGGGAACUGGACGCACAGGCCUGCCGCGCGGCGUGGGUUCUGAAGGCGGAGCUGGUGGACUCUGAGGGUCAGGGUGCCAGGGAGCCCGCUGCCCUCCUUGUGCUGGCCUCCCAGGCCAUUCCCGCCCUGGGCCUGUGGCUGGGGCUGGCCAAGUUGGGCUGCCCGGUGGCUUGGAUCAACCCGCAUAUUCGCGGGGCGCCCUUAGUGCACUCGGUGCUGAGCUCUGGAGCUCGGGUGCUGGUGGUGGACCCAGACCUCUGGGAGAACCUGGAGGAGGUCCUUCCCAAGCUGCAGGCAGAGAACAUCCGCUGCUUCUACCUCAGCCUCUCCUCCCCAACACCAGGGGUGGGGGCGCUGGGGGCGGCCCUUGAUGCUGCACCCCUGGACCCCGUGCCUGCUGACCUGCGUGCUGUGAUCACACGGAAGAGCCCUGCCCUGUUUAUCUACACCUCAGGGACCACUGGGCUCCCAAAGCCGGCCAUCCUCACGCAUGAGCGGGUGCUACAGAUGAGCAGGAUGCUGUCCCUGAGUGGGGUCACAGCUGAUGAUGUGGUCUACACCGUCUUGCCUCUGUACCAUGUGAUGGGUCUUGUCCUUGGGGUCCUCGGCUGCUUGGAGCUCGGAGCAACCUGUGUCCUGGCCCCCAAGUUCUCUGCUUCCUGCUUCUGGGAUGACUGUCGGCAGCAUGGUGUAACUGUGAUCCAGUAUGUGGGCGAGGUUCUGCGGUACCUGUGUAACGCUCCCCAGCGACAAGAGGACCGGACACAUACAGUCCGCCUGGCAAUGGGCAACGGACUCCGAGCAGACGUGUGGGAGGCCUUCCAGCAACGCUUUGGCCCCAUUCGGAUCUUUGAAGUCUAUGGAUCCACAGAAGGCAAUGUUGGCUUUGUCAACUAUCCAGGGCGCUGUGGGGCUGUGGGCAAGACGAGCUGCAUCCUUCGAAUGCUGGCCCCCUUUGAGCUUGUACAGUUUGACACGGAGGCUGCGGAGCCUGUGAGAGACAAAUCAGGCUUCUGUGUGCCUGUGGGGCCAGGGGAGCCGGGGCUCCUGUUGACUCGGGUGCUAGGCCGCCACCCUUUCCUGGGCUACCGCGGGCCCCGAGAACUGUCGGAACGGAAGCUGGUGCGGAAGGUGCGGUGCCCGGACGACAUUUACUACAAUUCCGGGGACGUGCUGUCCAUGGAUCGCGAAGGAUUCCUCUACUUCCACGACCGCCUCGGGGACACCUUCCGAUGGAAGGGUGAGAAUGUGUCCACGCGGGAGGUGGAAGGCGUGUUGUCACUCGUGGACUUCCUGCAGGAGGUGAACGUCUACGGUGUGUCUGUGCCAGGGUGUGAGGGCAAGGUGGGCAUGGCCGCUGUCCAGCUGGCCCCAGGCCGUACCUUCGAUGGGCAGAAGCUGUACCAGCACGUCCGCACUUGGCUCCCUUCCUAUGCUGUCCCCCAUUUCAUCCGUAUCCAGGACACCCUGGAGAUCACAAACACGUUCAAACUGGUGAAGUCCCGGUUGGUGCGUGAGGGUUUCAACGUGGGCGUCAUUGCGGACUCGCUGUUUGUGCUGGACAACCAGGCCCAGACAUUCCGGCCUCUGACACAGGAGACGUAUCAGGCUGUGUGUGAGGGUACCUGGAAACUCUGAACAUCUAGCCACCGGCUAAGACAUCUGAAGGGGCAGGGCCAAGUGCUGGCCACUGUCAAAAAAUAAAGGGAGGCACUUUAAAAUGAAGCUGGAGCUACUAUGCUGGAGGAACUACCUUGCAUGUCUUAUGUCUCAAGCCUCUUGAAGGUUAAAACAGAGCCUAAUCAACCUUGUGUCCAAAAGAAUAACUGUUUGUAAGAAUAACAAGAAAGCAAGUCUUAUGACUACUGGAUUGACGAAUACAGGCCUGGAAAAUUAAAAACAUUGUUUAUAAUUAACAUCACUAUGUUAUCUGCACCAAUAGCAAUGCCGUCCUUCUAUGGAUGUAAUUGUUCUCCUUCACUUUCUCAUAAAUCCCCCUUGCUUUGUCUAUUUGGGCCUCUGCUUGAAUUUGUGC